CUCGCAGCUACGGACAGAGGAGCAGCUGCGCUCUUCCUCCAGUCUGCCCGUCUGCGUGGACCUUGGAGGGCGAUAAGAACCGAUGGAAGAGGUGGUCCUGCUCCUUGUGCUCGAGUAGGGAGAGGAAUGUGUUCAGAAAAAGAUCGGGGAGCUCGUACACCGUUAGUUAAGGAAAUGAAGGCGAACAGAACAUCGCCGUGGUGAUUUCAGGGUCAAAAUCUGCAUGGAUUGUUGUUCUCUGACGGGAUUUUUACCUUAAAACGGACCAUUUUGACUCAGCGAUGCUUUACUUACUAUUGGCCAAUAGACUUUCUCCCCGUGACUCCACUGCAAUGAGGCUCCUUCAAACACAUGUGGUUUUGUGUGUUCUGGUAUGGACAGCACAAGCAUCAGAUUUCAAGUCAUCUGUAGGCACACAUUUCACAAGAACACAGACUCAUGCAGUGAAAAAACACAUGGGAUUGCAAUCUAACACUUUUGCAGCCAUCUCAGGGAACAUGGCACCUCUUCAGGCAGAUCAGGCAACAAAUCCCUCAAGAUCCCCUGCCAGGAGAGUUUUGAAAGGACGCAGACCUUCACCUCCAACAAGCUCAGUCACACAGCCAGUUGAGAAACCUAACCUGCUUCAUGCUCACACAGACAGCAAUGCUCCUCAACAUGGCUCUCCAAGCUCCCAAUUACGUACCUCUAAUCGCACCAGCUCUGUAAAUAUCCUUGCCAGGUUUGCAGGUAAGAAUCGCCUGCUAGUCAUUUCAGCACCCCAUAAGUCAGAUGGAUACUACAGGCUGAUGUUGAGCUUGCUCAAGCCAGACGUGUAUUGCCAAAUGGCAGACCGCCAUAUGCAGCAGAUCAUUAUGUUCCAUGGAAAGGAAGACAUGGGUGGCAAAGUGAGACUUGUGAACAACAAUGGCUCAAUUCUUGAAGAACAGUUGGAUCCAGCCUUAGUACCCAGGCUGAUGAGCUUUAUAAAACUGGAGGAGGGCAAGUUUGGCAUGGCAUUGCUGAGGAAAACCUUGCAGGUGGAGGAGAGAUACCCAUACCCAGUGCAGCUUGAGGCUAUGUAUGAGAUAAUAGACCAGACGCCUAUGCGCAGGCUUGAGAAAACCAGACAGAAAGGUUUUGUGGAAAAGUGUAGGGCAAGCGGAAUGCAGGGAAAGGUAGUGCAGUCUGUUGGGACUGUAUUGACAGAUGCCAAAUCCAAUGUGCACAGAGGCUCUCAAAAUAUUGAGAUGGUAGGAGGGGCAAGACCUCCUUUCAAGCCCACUAAGAGUACUACCACACAAUCUACCACAAUCCCUCCACCCAAAAUCACUAGAAGGAGAAAAAUUAUACAUACAUCUACUAUAAAACCUGCAACUACAACAGUUGCAGCCACAACCCAGCUUGCUACUACUACUCCCAUUACUACUACAACUACUACUACUACAACUACUACUACUACUACUACCACUACAUUACCCACAACUCUGCCUUCGACCACUGUCAGUCCCACUACUUUAUCGACUACAGAGUCACAUAGACACCCACACACACCAUCACACAAACACAAAGCCCGACUAAACUCCUUAGUGCCCGCUACACGAGACCAUCAAAGGAAACACACUGCAACUGACCCAUCCAUUACCUCUGACUUAAUGAUCCAUCGCAGAGACAAACACAAAGAUCGGACCGAUAAGAUUUCAUCUGGAUCUCGCAGGCAAAAGCCCAUCAAGGACAAACUACCCAGGGGUAAAAACGUAGCGAGGGAACAGAUCAAUGAACAUGUAGAAGAGCAAGAAGCAGGACCGCCUCCAGUGAGUGCACCGGUGGAGACCCUUCCGACUACCAAAACGGGGAAGACCAGCCGCGAGAAAGGUGAGAAGAAGAAAAAGGCAGAGAGAACCGAGAAGCCUGUGAAAAAGAACAACACAGAGAAAAAAGUGGCAAAACCCUCCAAGGAUGCAGAGGUUAAUCUUCACAACAGAAAUGUGGCUCAAAAAGCAAGCAGCCUUGAGGAUAAAGAUGCUGUUGGCAAGCCUACCCAAAAGCCUGUUGAUACCAAGAGAGCACUAGAAACAUUUCUUAGUUAUUUUGAGAAAAGGAGACGUCUGCUUGUAAUUACUACUCCCAGUGAAAAUAACAAAAUGUACAGUCAGCAGAGGGAUGAGUAUCUGGAACAAGUGUGCGACAUGGCUUUGCGCAAAGUCUCCAUUAUCACCAUUUUUGGCCCUCUAGCCAACGGCACCAUGAAGAUAGACCAUUACCAGAUGGAGCAGGAUAAGCCAGUGCGCAGCUUGCCAGUCAGUGAGCUCAUCAACCAGGAACUCAUCACGGCCUUCCGGAAGGAGCUUGGCAUGGUUUACAAUGAUUUCUUCAUGGUGCUGACUGACUUUGACAUGAAAGUGAAGCAACAGUAUGAAGUACCUAUUAUCAUGAAGGCAGUGUUUGAUUACAUUGACACAUUCUCAUCACGCCUCCAAGAGAUGGAGCUUCAGAGGAAGCUGGGGAUUGCAUGCAAGAAAGAAGACAAGUCCAGAACUCUGGAGAAUUUCCUCUCUAGGUUUCGCUGGAGACGAAGGCUGCUCGUCAUCUCCACCCCUGAUGAAGAGGAGUGGGCUUAUCAGCAGCAGCUCCAGGCCUUGACCAGUCAGGCCUGCAACUUGGGGCUGCGUCACAUGUCUGUGUUAAAGCUGACUGGGAGAGCCAUGGAGGACAUGGGUGGAGUCUUGGAGCUCUAUCCUAUCAAUGGAAGUGCAACGGUGGACCGAGAGGACCUUUCUGCCUCCCUAGUGCAUGACAUCAGGAACUACUUCCAGGUCAGUGCGGAUUAUUUCUCCAUGCUGCUGGUGGGCAAAGACGGCAAUGUGAAGUCAUGGUACCCAUCACCCAUGUGGACCAUGUCCAUCAUCUACGAGCUGAUCGACUCCAUGCAGCUGCGCAGGCAGGAGAUGGCCAUCCAGCAGUCACUGGGCAUGCGCUGCCCUGAAGAAGAAUACGGUCACCAUGAAGAAUAUCAUGAAGGCUAUCACCGUGGUUACGGUUACUAAACUCAUAGAAAAAGAAGAAAAUACUUCCCUUUGAAGCCUCAGUGGCCUCUUUUCAAGCCCGAGGCCCAGAAAGCAGCUAGACUUUGAUACAUUUGUGAAUAAUCACUGAGAUAGCACUAUGGUUUUAUUCUGUAGCAUUACUCUUAUUUGUGAGACAGUUCUCUUUUUCCAGUUUGUUUUGUUUGAAUAGUUGACUUCUUAUCAUCAGUGUUACAGAAUUACAAUUUAGUGUAAUUUAAAAGGUUGCCAUACGCUGGCAUCUCACAGCUCCGGGGUCCGUGUCUCGAGCCUGAACUCAGGUGUAGACUUUGUGCCUGUUCUUCUCAUGUCUGUGUGGGUUUCCUCUAGUUUCUCUGCUUUUUCCAACAACAUGCUGGUAAGUGUUAUUGGCAACACGAAUUUGCGCUUAAGUGUCAAGGUGUGCACAUGGCGCCCUUUAAUGAUGUAACUGAUGUCCAAUUCAGGGUGUGGUCUUGCUUCAUGGCCAGUGGGAGAACGCUCUGGAUCUGCUAUAACCCUGACCAGGAUGAAGCAGAUACUGAAUAUAAAUGAUUGUACUUUGAAUGUAUUCUGUUUUAUAAAGUUUUGUACAACAGUGGUUCAGAAAUAAAUAAUUAUGUUACUCAUAUUUGAUAAUUGUACCGUCUUUAUCAGGACA